AUGAAAGACGCCCCUGGCCACAACGUGGUGUUUUUCGACCCAAUCCGCCAGCUAUACGCAGAAAUCGAUAGCUCGAAGGAGCAAGGGCAUCGAGCCUUGAUCUUUCGCACCUCUCAAAGCUGGGGAUAUGACGAUGAUGCUGCUGACCCGACCAACGACGCGCCAGCCGAGGCCAAAGCCACCGACAGUAAUGCCAACACACAAAAUGAUGGCACCGCGGAACCCACAGAAGAUGUCAACGCUGACAUGGACACGCCAAAGCCGACACCUCGGCUGAGACAGGCACGGCCAGCAAAGCCAGCUUCGACUCUCUUUAUGAAUACUCACUGUGACAAAAAGCGACAUGAACCAGGUAGAUCUUGCUGCUCUAGGUCUGGGGGCGGCUUACACCAAUGGACAACAGUGGCUAGCCCAACCUACACCCUACACGAACUACAUACAGUCAGUGCGCUUGGAGGCCACUACGAGUGA